CAAGUAACCCACACAGGGGAGAAACAUUUUGAAUGCACAGAGUGUGGAAAGAGAUUCAGUCAGAGUAGUCGUCUUCAAGAGCAUCAAAGAACCCACACAGGAGAGAAACCAUUCAAAUGCAUGGAGUGUGGAAAGAGCUUCAGUCGGAGUACCAGUCUUCAAGAGCAUCAAAGAACUCACACAGAGCAGAAACCAUUUGAAUGUACAGAGUGUGGGAAGAGAUUCAGUCGGAGUAGCAGUCUUAAAGAGCAUCAAAGGACCCACACAGGGGAGAAACCAUUUGAAUGCACAGAGUGUGGGAAGAGAUUCAGUCGGAGUAGCAGUCUUCAAGAGCAUCAAAGAACCCACACAGGGGAGAAACCUUUUGAAUGCUCGGAAUGUGGAGAAACAUUCAGUAGAGUUGGGUAUCUUCAACGGCACCAAAGAACCCACACAGGGGAGAAACCUUUUGAAUGUUCAGAGUGUGGAAAGAGAUUUAGUAAGAGCGGCACUCUACGAAUCCACCAGAGAAUCCACACAGAGGAGAAACCGUUCGAAUGCUCAGAGUGUGGAAAAAAAUUUAGUACGAGUGGGUAUCUUCAGCUGCACCAAAGAACCCACACAGGGGAGAAACCUUUUGAAUGUUCAGAGUGUGGAAAGAGAUUCAGUUGGAGUGGCACUCUGCAAAUCCACCAGAGAACGCACACGGGGGUGAAACCUUAUGAAUGCUCAGGGUGUGGAAAGAGAUUUAGUAAGAGUGCCUCCCCAGAUCUGGUGCAGAAGAGCCCCCAAAGCCCUGAGCAGCAGCCGGAGCUCCUCUCGGCGCAGGAGACGGCGGGGCGCCCCUUGCCUCCCUCUGCAGCGCCGAGAGGGUUAAAGCCACCGAGUGGGCGGCUGGAGCGGCCGCGGGAGGACCGGGAAGGCGGGGAGGGGGCGGAGAAGGCUCUGCAGCCCGCGGAAGAGGAGCGGGAAGCCGCGGAGGGAGACGCCGCUCUUCAUACACAAGGCACUAAAGGCAUCAUUACCCGGUCAGAGGAGACCUGA